UUAGAUCGACCUUAACAGCUAGCUAUAAGGCAAGUUGUUAUGUAUGAUAGAUAUUGAUGCAAUGCAAGUGCAGUACAAUAAAAGAUGGAAGGUGUGGCGAGCAUGGUGGCUGAGAAGCCAGUGGUGAUAUUCAGCAAGAGCACGUGUUGCUUGAGUCACUCCAUGAAAUCACUGAUAAGAAGCUUUGGUGCAAAUGCAACUGUUUAUGAGCUUGAUGAGAUCUCAAAUGGAGAGCAGAUUGAGAAUGAGUUGAUCCGAAUGGGGUGCCAGCCAAGUGUGCCAGCUGUGUUCAUAGGCCAACAAUUCAUUGGUGGUUCUAAGAGAAUCAUGAGCCUCCAUGUCAGGAAUGAGUUAGUUCCAUUGCUCAAAGAUGCUAAGGCUAUUUGGAUUUGAUCAUCAACGUAACCAAAAUUAAAUCACUACUACUACUAUAGUCUAUAAUAUAAGGAUAUAUAGUUACAUAUGCAUAUAUGUAUUUCUAUGUUACGUACUCUUGCUAUGUAUAUGUAGUUAAUUAAUUAGUGAGCAACAUUAGCUAUAUGAUUAAUAUAUAUAGUAACUAUGAAUGCAUGAGUGAUAUAUAAUAUCACUUAUUAUGAGUAGUUACCAUGCACUACUUAUAUUAUAUAUGGAUACUUUAAUUUCAACAUAAUGAAAA